ACUGGGAAAUUUGGCAAAGAUAAGACGCGUCCCAGUUCAUCGAGUUAUAAAGCCAGUUUUAAGACAAGUAACUGAAAGUUUUCUGUACUGUUGAUAUGAAGGUAUUUCUGUUUUUCCUGUCCGCCGUGUGCGGAAUCCAGGCAUUCAUUGUCUGCCCACCCGAUGCCUGCGCGACUGUCCGCUGCGCCGCCGUGACUGCUGAGAACUGUGAUGGCGUCGUGAAACAAAAUGGCGGGUUUUGCGGAUGCUGUGACUCCUGCGUCAGCUACCUAGCUGAGGGAGAAUCCUGCCUCGCCACCCUUUUCCUCGGCAUGCCCUCCACCGCCGACUGUGGUCCAGGGCUUCACUGUAACAUGCACACACACAAGUGUGUCGCCAAUACCAACAAGAGAACGCUGAACCCUUGCGCCCAGGAGUUGGCUACUUUGACGGCCACACAGAAUGGCCUCCCCUUGCUCGGCGCUCACAAGCCUCUGUGUGACGUAGAUGGAUACUAUCAACCCAAGCAGUGCGCAGGCUCACAAUGUUACUGUGUGUCCAAGGAAGGUCAUCAGAUCGAGGGGUACACUGCCAACGUGUGGGAAGCUCAACACAUGACCUGCCAGUGUGCACGUGACCAGUAUGAAUACAUGCAGACUGGUUUGAUUGGUCGCCUGUUUUACUGUACCGGUAACGGUAGCUACCAGAACUACCAGUGUAUGGGCGAUGUUUGCCGGUGCACGGACGCUGAUGGAAACGUGGUCGCUAACUCUCACUCUGUCAGCAUCGGACAGAUUGAUACCCUCAAAUGUUAAACGUACUCGAGGGUAUCAGCAACAACUGAGCGAAAUCCAUUUGUUAUAAACCGUUUCUGAUUUC